GAUCUCCGUCGACAUAUUAGCACGUGUGUUCCCUCUAAAGCAGUUCAUCUAAGAGAGUUCGCCAUGCCGCCGAAUUUCGUCAAAACAGAUAUCUACGAUGAGGCAUCUGCUGUCAUCAGUAAGGCACAGAUAAAGGAAAAGUCAAUUAAAUCGCUGGUUUAUGAAAGUAAUUCUAAGAAUAUCCGCCAGUUGUAUGCCCUUGUCUGCGAGUCAUUGAAGUAUGCUACAAUCAUUGAGGAGAUCAUUGACAGCACUGCAUUUCUACAGAAGGUCCCAUGGAUGGAUAGAAACCUAGCACUGGUGCUCCUGUACGACUUUCUGUUUGGCAAGAAGCUUGCUGGCGCAUGCUCGGGAAAGUAUCGUAAGGCUGUGGUCAAACAGAAGAAGGAGCUGAAGGCUGAGCUACAGAAGAUGAAAGAGAAGAAAGGAGCUACCAGUUCAUCUGAUCUGUUACCAAGUCAAGUCAAAGAUGAAGUUUCUAUUCCAAGGUACAUACGUGUGAACCUCCUGAAGACCAGCAUUGAUGAUGUCAUCGCUGCUUUCAUCGAGGCUGGGUACACCUGUGUGAUGACGAGGGAUGAAGCAGAAGAAGAGAAACAAGAUGCUACUCCAAAGUAUAUCAGUAACCUGAGUGUGGAUGUGAGUCGGAGUCUGGGUCAGUAUGAGUUUGCUGCUGAUCUUCAUCUAGAUGAUGUCCUGGUGUUUGCAGCAAGGACAGACUUCCACAGUCACCCUCUUUAUCUUCAAGGUCACAUCAUUCUCAUGGACAAGGCCAGCUGUUUUCCAGCUUAUGUCCUAUCUGCUAAACCAGGCUCACAUGUAAUAGAUGCUUGCUCAGCUCCUGGUAACAAGACUAGCCACAUGGCUAGCUUGCUCAGAAAUGAUGCGAAAAUUUAUUCCUACGACCUGGACCCUAAACGAAUCAGUGUGAUGAAUACCCUUCUAGAGAGAGCAGGAGUGUCUGCAGCUAAGACUAUCCAUCAGGACUUCUUGACUACUGACCCCUGUAGUGAAGAGAACAUGUGUGUAGAGUACACCAUAGUAGAUCCAUCAUGUAGCGGGUCUGGUAUGGCUAGUAGGAAAGACUACUUGGUGGAUGACGACAUGCAGGAGGAUAGAGCGCGACUCCGGUCCCUGCAUCAGCUCCAGUGCCGCAUCCUCACUCAUGCGCUCUCCUUUCCCAGUGUGAGGAGAGUGGUGUACUCCACCUGCUCGGUGCAUAGGGAAGAGAAUGAGGAUGUGGUGAGGACUGUGUUGGAGCAGAGUGAUGGGUUCAGACUGGUGCCGGUGAUGCAGGGUACAUGGGAUCGUAGAGGAUUGUCCACCAGUCAGGAUGGGGAAGAGGACCAUAUAGGGGAGUGCUGCGUGCGAGCAUCGCCUCAUACGGACUUGACUAAUGGAUUCUUUGUGGCCCUCUUUGAGCGGACUGGGAAGAGUGGGACUGGAGUAUCAAAGAGACAGGUUCCAGAGGACACUAUUAACGGACACGGCCAAUCUCUUGACGAGAAGCACUCCAAGAAGAAAAAGAAGGCUAAAGUCGGCAAAGAGGAAACAGUUGAAAGCCAAGAGGAAGCUUUGAAGGCUGAUGUGGUGGAAGAUGAUCAGAAAGAUAAGAAUGAAAGGAAGAAAAAGAAGAAACGGAGGAAAGAGAAUGAAAUGAAUGUUGAUGUGUGUGCCUCAGAUGAAAUCAGUGAUGAUGUUAAACAAAUCAAAAAGAAACAUAAGAAGAGUAAGAAUGAAUCUGAGGAAAGUGAUGAGCUUGUUAUGGACAAAUGUGGAAAGAAAGAAAAGAAGAAGAAGGGCAGUAAAAGAAAGUCAUCAGAGAACUCUGAUUCAGCUCCACUGGUUACUGAUCAAGCAAAUGAAUCUCAACCUUCAGCAAAGAAGAAGAAGAAAACUAAGAAAAUAGACAUGUGAGUGAAAACAACAUUAGCAAAUGUUCCAAUAAUACAGAAAAUUUUAUUUUCAUUUUAUGUUCAUUUGACUUUCCCAAGUGCCUUAUAUUUUACCCUUUUUAGAAUAAUUCAUAAAAUAUUUGUAUCAUACAAUGAUUCAAGAAAUAAUAUUGUUUUUAUAUUUAUUUAGGGCAUAUUGCGUCUGCUUUUAAGUGCAAGUGCUUCCAAAGUCAACAUUUCUAUGUCUCAUCCUAAAGUUUUAUUGAUGGGAUAUACAAAUUUGAACCAUCUAAAAUGCGAGAAUAUAUGUUGAUGAAACAGCAUGUACAUGUAUAUGAAUAUCGUUUCAUAACUGUUGACAAAAUGAUUUAAGAGCAAUCCAAAUUUUAAAAUAUAUAUUGGACCAAUGUUAGAUACUUAUAAAUGUUUGAACUAUAAAAUCACUACAUCUAUGCGAAUCUCAAAUUGGCAAUUUAGUCAAUGGAUCGUGACAUAGUAAUGGACAACUCUCCCGUUUGUCAUGAACAAAAGUAUCAUCAAUUUCUGUUUCUCUCAUAAGCACCUUCUCCAUUGGGGUACUACACAUGAUCCUCUAAAAAGACAUCACCCUUGUGAAUCACACAUUUGAAGAGAGAGAAAAAAAAAAUUGAAACAAUUUUUGUGAUGAAAAAAAUAAAUGGGAGAGUUGUCAACCCCUAUGUCACAGUGACAUUACCAAUUCACUCAAUUUGAAGAUCCUUUUCUUUCAUCAAUCUGCUUCUCUGAUUUUGUUUACUGUCUAUCAGAGCAAUUUAUUAUUAGGGUCGGAUUAUCCUUUAAUAAUGGUACAUCACAUAAGUUUUGAUGGAGAGGAGAUAUAAAAUGUGUGAAACUAGAAAAUUUCAAAAGCUUUAACAAUGAUUAUAAAGUGUAUGGUUUUGGGGUCAUAAGUAUGAAGAUACAUUUCACAGAUCAAGACUGUUGGUACUUGAUUAAAGUUUUUUUUACUCCUUUUAAAAUACGAUGUCGAAAACAUGAAUCAAGUGAUGGUUUUGCAGUCAUACCUAAAUCUCGUAUAUGCCCAUGCUUGUACUGUUUAAGUCUGAGGUGCAAGUUCAAUGUGUGCCCCAUACAUCGAUAUCAAUGGAAUUGACAUAGUUUUUACAUGAAAGGCACUAUUUUCCUCAAUUGUUUUGGGGGGAGAUUGAUGCUCUAGUAAGUACAUGUUUUACAGUUAUCAAGUAAAAGAGAAAUUUUGAUGUCAACUUGACAUUUAUGACAUUAAUGUUAACCCGUUGACUGCUGAAUGGUAUAGGUCCCAUAGGCUCAACACAGGGACCACCAGGUUACCGUAAGCAAAAGGGUUAAUUGGUAACGUGUGGGGAAAAUUGCCUUGAACUUGCCCCUCACCCUGUGUUGCUAAAGCAGGUAUAACUCUGCCAAAAUAUUUGUUUUUGCAUAUCUUGUGCAAUUGCUGCGUACAAUAGUAAGUUUAUGUAUCAGCAGAUAAUUGUUGACAGCUGGUCAUACCCCUUGUAAGGAGAGUCCCACAGAGGAAAAUCGAACUGGUUCGCUGCUGCUCAGCUGAUGUGAUGUUUCAUUCAUCUAUUUACAACAACAAAAAAAGUACUAAAAUCAUAAAAUGCAUCCUAUAAUAAAGUACAUUAUAAUGUACAUA